UAUAAAGCCUAGAUGUACAAGGUACACUUUUACAUCUACAAAGACAAGUUUGUAUACAAAGAAGGCAGGAAUAUGAAGACAAUCUUGAGCUACUUCGUUUUCUUUUUAGCCAUACUACAAAUUUCCCAUCGUUUGGUAGCUGGUCAGAAUUAUGAAUUUCAAUCAGGGAUAAAUCAUGGAUUUGUGAACUCAAGAAAGAAUCUUUACAAGCAUGCUAUACCAAGAAUUUUGACGGAACUCGGUGAAUUAGCAUCAAGAGAAGAUUCCACUACUGCGGACAACAAUGUUGAUCUCACCCCAAAGCAUCAAAGCUUGACUGCAAGCAAAAUGGAGACAAUCCAUGUUAGGGCAAAGGCACAUAUAAACCCCGACGAGGAGCUCACUACCGAGGAUUAUCCCCGUCCGCGCCCAAACCAUCCUAGUAUAGCACUAUCUAAUGAAGAAUUCACUACCGAGGACUAUCCUCGUCCCCGUCCAAACCACCCUGGUGUAACACUGUCCAAUGAACAAUUCACUACCGAGGAUUAUCCCCGCCCUCGUCCGAACCAUCCAUAGUGUCGCACCAUAGGCAGUAAAGUGUGUGGUUACAUUUGUAACAAUACUGAACUGAUGAUAUAUUCAUCAUUGUAAAAAUCAAUAAACAUGUUCCUUCAGCAUGAUGGCA